GAGAGACAGAGAGAGAGAGAGAGAGAGAGAGAUGAGCUUCCUUUUUAUGACAUUAACGAAGAAGCAGGAGGUGGACUCUAUCAUCAGAGACACCAUUGACAAAGUUCUUGUGCUUCGCUUCGGCAGAUCUUCCGACGCCGUCUGUCUCCAGCUUGACGAUAUUCUUGCAAAAUCAUCACGGGAGGUUUCGAAGUUUGCAACUGUAGCAUUGGUAGAUAUCGACUCAAAAGAGAUUCAGGUUUAUGUCAAAUAUUUUGACAUUACUUUGAUACCAUCAACGAUAUUUUUCUUCAAUGCCCAACAUAUGAAGAUGGAUUCAGGGACUGCAGAUCAUACUAAAUGGGUUGGUGCUUUUCACAGGAAACAGGAUUUCGUUGAUGUUGUGGAGGCAAUAUUUAGAGGGGCCAUGAAAGGCAAGCUGAUUGUAACUUGCCCCCUACCACCCGAGAGGAUACCUAAAUUCCAGCUGUUUUUCAAGGAUGUAUAACCACUGAAAUCUUACAUUAUGUAAGUAGUAAUGAAUUUCUUCAAAUAUGCCUCUUUGGCCUCUAAUUGCUUAAUAGUGAACUAAUUGAUGUUUCCGCUGCUGAAUUUAUGAAGGAUGCAAAGUGUCUGAUGGUCUUUUUAGAAUGUUUUGCUGGUGAUAACUUAAAGUUGAGGUUCAUUUUGAAAA